AUGGUACUAAAAAAAGUUUGGAUUAUUCCAUUAUUUACAUCUAUCUUUAGCUUUUCUGCUUUUAUUGUUUCGUAUUGUAUAGCCUUAUCAGAAAAGCAUAUCACAGCAUUUUGGCCAUAUAUUAGUGACAGUGGUACAUUACCGCCAGAAAGUUGUAUUUUUGGGCAACUUCUUAAUUUAUCUGCUGUUUUUUUUACAAUAACUGCAUAUUUAAGACAUCGACAACUUAUUGAAUUUUAUUGGCAUCAUUUAAAACAGAAAAAUGGAAAUUGGCGAAGCUAUAGUACCAUAUACUUAUGGUUUGGAUAUUUCUCAGCAUUUGGUGUCAGUUUGAUUGGCAAUUUUCAAGAAAUGAGCCUUGUUAUGGUUCAUUAUAUCGGUGCAUUGAUGGCUUUUGGAUGUGGCCUAGUAUAUACUUGGGCCCAGACACUUUUUAGUUAUUGGAUGCAGCCAAGAUUUGCAAAAUCUGCAAUACCACAUUGUCGCUUAUUUCUAAGCUGUUUAUCAACUAUUUUCUUCAUUACUGUGGGAAUAUUUGGAACAAUACUUGGUCAACAGCCAAAAAAUUGGCUUGGCCGUAAACAACUCUAUAAAUGGACACCUGAAAGUCCGCAUUAUGUGGAACAUAUGAUUGCUACUUGCUCGGAAUGGUUGCUAGCAAUUUGUUUCCAAUUUUACAUUCUUACUUUUGCAAUCGAAUUCCGUCAUGCAAGUUGUCAUGCACCAAAGCUAAAACUUAAUUUGGAUACAAUCAAUCAAAGUAAUCAAUUUAAUGCUAAUAAUACUGAUAAAAAUAUUUCAAAUCAUACUGAUACUGAUUGUAACAAUAUAAAUAAUGGACUGUGA